AUGAUUGUCUCAAUUAUCCUUAUAUUAUUUCUUCAAUUUAUUUAUUCAACUGCUGCAACAGCAAAUGAUAUCGCUAAUAUUCGGUAUAGUUCUUUAAUAUCAGCACAAUGUAAAGCACGCUGUUUAUAUGAAUAUCGAAAUCAUCAUCAUCAACAACGUUCGGUACCAGCUACAUUCAAUAAUGAAAAAUCGAAAAGAGUACUGACGACACAUGCACUAACUUUACCAUGGCGAUCUAUCUGGGAGCGUUGUCCACGCCUUAUCACAUGUAACUCGUGUCUACUCCCAUGUGACUUAGAUCCACCACUUCUCUUGUCUAACGAACAAAGUUGUCAAGCAAUCUGUUCUACAUUAACAAACGUUGAAUGUCAACGAAGUUGUGUUUUUAUUCAAAAACUUUAUCAACAACAAUCAAAUUGUUUGACAGACGAUUGUCAAUCAACAUCAUCAUGUUCACCAUUGAAUGAUUGUUUCGAAAAAGUCCCUCAACCGAAUAAUGUCACUGCUAUUGAAAGGAAAAGUCGACGAACCGUACGAUUAAAAUGGAGUUCAAAUGGAAUGACAAAUCUUGAGCCUAUUUUCUAUGUUAUUGAAGCACAAUGGACAUUACCAAAAUCAGAUAUGAAUCAACAAGAUACAGUUUCGAAAUGGGGUUUUGUCAAAGAAGAAGUAUCACAUACAAAAGCAAUUAUAAGAAAUAUUCAACGAGAUAAUCGAUGGUAUACAUUUCGUGUUGCUGCUGUAACACGACAUGGUUAUUCACCAUUUUCAACAACAACAAAACCUUUUCGUUUAAGUUCAAAUUCAAAAAAUAAUUCACAAAAUUCAUUUACAACAAUAGCAUCACCUAAAAAUUUAAUUGUAAAGGAUUUUCAAACAGAAUCAAAUACAAAACUAAAUGUAACUCUUCAAUGGGAGAAACCAGAUUUCCUUGUUCAUGGUUAUCAGAUUUCAUGGGAAGGAGAGAAUGAUUCAGCAUCCUUUGUAAAUACUGUCGAUGUUUCUUCAGCAUUAUAUCCAUUAGAAUUAACUAUUCCAUUUUUGUCUAUGCAUACAUCGUAUAUUUUUAAAAUUCGUUCAUUAAUUAUCCCUGAUGGUGAUCUUAUUCAAAUGAGUGCACCAAUUUCAAUAAAGUUUAAUUAUGACGACGAAUUAUUUUCAAUAAAAAAUUUUCAUAUAUCCGAACCAUAUUUUAUAAAUGGUUUAAUUAAAACAAAUAUAACAUGGAAUAAAAUCAAUGAUUAUCGUAUUCAACAAUAUGAUUUACAUUGGAUUGAAACUCAAUGUUAUUCAGAUGUAUUAUCAUGUUGUUAUAGACGUGAUGCAUUUACAAUAGAAAAUUCAUUUGAAUUAUAUGAUUUACGUUUUAAUUGUACAUAUGUAUUAAAUAUAAAACCAGUUAUACCAAAAAUACGUAUUCAAAAACCUUUUCAAGUUCAUUUUAAUGUUAGUUCAUGUCAAUCAAUACAUAUAUUUGGAACUAUUCGUCCAUCAUGUCAAAUAGAUGAUAAACAAACUAUGUCAUCCUUAUCACCACUUAAUCUAAUUGUAACAAGAAAUGAAUCAGGUAUUCAAUUCUAUUGGCAAAAUAUUCAUUCACUUUCUAAUGAUGGUACUGAUAUUGUAUAUCGAUUACGUAUUGAACAGCUGCCAAGUCAUAUCGAACUUAUUUCUAUUGAUCUUUUGCCUACGAUAACAAAUUAUUUUUUACCUUAUUCAAAUCAACAAGAAGAUCAAUAUCUUAAUGUUACAUUAACUUUAUUAGAGAAUAUGACAGUUCGUCAACAAAAAUCUCUAUUAAUUGAAAAUUAUCAAAAUAAUUAUAGAACCAAUCGUAAUCUUCCUUUGAAUAUUGUAUCAUUAUCAACAAGAAUUCAAAUGAAAUUCUAUCUUAUUAUUAUAUUAUUUAUUUCAAUUGAUUUAAUACGACGAUAA